AUACCCUGCACCUACACAUAAUGCACAUUCAACACAGAACUUUUUGUCAGAGUGGUGGUUCUUCUCUCAAGCUCUGCCUGUUUUCACCCACACACACACACACACACACACACACACACACACACACACACACACACACACACACACACACACACACACCAAGUAACUUCUCCUCUGCUGCAGCGGCUGAUUAUCACGUUUCAUUGGCUGCAUUCUCACACAUUUUAUCUGAACUGCUGUCUGAUCGUGUCCUUACAUGGAGUUACAUUAAAGAUUCUUGAUAUUCUUAUCCUUAGUAAGCCAACCUCGUUAGUACCAUAGAUUCUUUUUUAAAAUAACGUCAGUACUGGACGCCAGUCUGUAACUUCAUGCAUAUUCAUAAUGUGAAGAGGAAGUAAGUCAAACUUUAACAGCUUGACUUCUGCUGCCUGAUGACCACAGAGGAACAUUUGCUGUAGAGACGACAUCUCCUCCCUGUUUCACACAGGGAUGAGAGGAGCAGCUAUGAGUUUGAAAGCAGCAGUGAGUGGAUUGGUUAUCUUCCUUCUCUCUCUGUCAGUGGUGAAGGGAGAGGAUACCUGGAGAGUGACUCACUCUUCUGCUCAGAUCUGUGCCGUCAAAGGAUCAACAGUGGAGAUACCCUGCACCUACACAUACCCAUCAACAAUAAGACAACAAACUACGAUAGUCCAAAGCAGAUUCUGGUUUACUAAAGACAGGUAUAAUGUAGAUGUGAAAACAGACCCAGACUACUCAGGUCGUGUUGAGUAUCUUUUUCAUGAGAACGUCUGCACUCUGAGAAUCAAAAACCUGACAGAGAGAGACUCAGCUGUUUACAAGUUCAUGUUCACAACAAACCAACCAGGAGGAAGUUUAACUGGUGGUGAAGGAGUCACUUUGUCCAUCACAGACCUUCAGGUGCAAGUGGAGAGAGUCUCGACCCGGGCAGAGCUGAAGUGUUACAGCAGCUGUAAUGAGGCUGAUAAUCCUUCAUAUGUCUGGUACGAGAACGGACACAAACUGACUGAAGAGACGUCUUCUCUUCACGUUUCUAAAUAUGAUCAUAACAAGUAUUCCUGCUCUCUCAAAGGAUUUGAAGUCUACCGAUCUCCUGAAGUCGUACUUCAGGGCUGGAGAGUGACUCACUCUUCUGCUCAGAUCUGUGCCGUCAAAGGAUCAACAGUGGAGAUACCCUGCACCUACACAUACCCAUCAACAAUAAGACAACAAACUACGAUAGUCCAAAGCAGAUUCUGGUUUACUAAAGACAGGUAUAAUGUAGAUGUGAAAACAGACCCAGACUACUCAGGUCGUGUUGAGUAUCUUUUUCAUGAGAACGUCUGCACUCUGAGAAUCAAAAACCUGAGAGAGAGAGACUCAGCUGUUUACAAGUUCAUGUUCACAACAAACCAACCAGGAGGAAGUUUAACUGGUGGUGAAGGAGUCACUUUGUCCAUCACAGACCUUCAGGUGCAGGUGGAAACAAAAAGGAAUCAGGCAGAGCUGAAGUGUUACAGCAGCUGUAAUGUGGCUGAUAAUCCUUCAUAUGUCUGGUACAGAAAUGAAAAAAAAAUGACUGCAGAGACGUCUUCUAUUAGAGUCUCUUUAUAUGAUCAUGACAAGUAUUCCUGCUCUGUUAAAGGACGAGAGGAUUACCGCUCUCCUGAAGUGUAUGCUCCAAAGCUUCUCUCUGUGUCAGUGAGUCCCUCUGCUGAGAUAGAAAAGGGCAGUUCAGUGACUCUGACCUGUAGCAGUGAUGCUAACCCAGCAGCUACUUUUAAAUGGUACAAGAGAUAUCAGACCCCUCAAUACCGUCGUGAAGGAGCUCAGCUGGUCUUCAACUACAUUCGACCCUCGGCCUCUGGAGAGUAUUACUGUGAAGCUGAGAACAAGCUGGGGAGGAAGAGGUCUGGAUACGUCUCUAUCAAUGUGAAAUAUGCUCCAUCAGUUUGUUCAGCGUCUGUGAGUCCUGCUGGUGAAAUCAGAGAGAACAGUAGAGUGACUGUGACCUGUAGCUGUGAUGCUAACCCAGCACCUGAAUACACCUGGUACCAGAAGUACGGUCGUGAACUCAGUAAAGAAUCAGAGCUCGUCUUCAGCUCAGUUCAGUCCUCUGACUCUGGAUGGUAUUACUGUGCAGCUAAGAAUGAUCUGGGGGAGAGCUCAUCUGGAUACGUCAAAGUUGAAGUGAAAUAUGCUCCAAAGCUUCCCUCUGUGUCAGUGAGUCCCUCUGCUGAGAUAGUGGAGGGCAGUUCAGUGACUCUGACCUGUAGCAGUGAUGCUAACCCAGCAGCUACAUACACCUGGUACAAGAAGAAGUCAUAUUGGGAUCAAACACUCAUUAAAAACAAACACCUCGUUUUCAGCUCCGUCCAGUCGUCUGACUCUGGAGAGUUUUACUGUACAGCUGUGAACACGGUGGGAAGUCAGAAAUCUAAAUCCAUCUCUAUUGAUGUGAAAUAUUCUCCAAAACUUCCAUCUGUGUCAGUGAGUCCCUCUGCUGAGAUAGUGGAGGGCAGUUCAGUGACUCUAACCUGUAGCAGUGAUGCUAACCCAGAACCUGAAUACACCUGGUACAAGAAGAAUAACAAUCAACCUCUCAGUAAAGAAGCUCAGCUCGUCUUCAGCUCCAUCAAGUCCUCUGACUCUGGAGAGUAUUACUGUAAAGCUGAGAACAAGCUGGGAAAGCCGACCUAUAAAUGGAUCUCUAUUGAUGUGAAAUAUUCUCCAAAGCUUCCCUCUGUGUCAGUGAGUCCCUCUGCUGAGAUAGUGGAGGGUAGUUCAGUGACUCUGACCUGUAGCAGUGAUGCUAACCCAGCAGCUAAUUACACCUGGUACAAGGAGGAUGAAGACUCACCGACAGCUUCAGGACAGAUUUUUACCAUAAACGACACAAGUCGUCAACAUAGUGGGCAUUAUAUUUGUAUCGCCCAAAACACAAGAGGACGCCAUAACUCCACUGUACAUCUGAGUGUUUUGGCAGCAGGAGGAUGGAAACUGACGACUGCUGUGACAGUUUCUGCUAUUUUCCUCAUUAUCAUACUCAUCUUUGUCGUCAUAUGGAUCAUAAAGAAGAAGGCCUGCAAGCAACCAUCUGAGCCCGGAGACAGACCAGAGAACAGUGAACAGAUACAACCAGCAGAGGAGCAGGAUGAGCUUCAAUAUGCCACUGUCGACUUUUCCAGGAACCAGGCUGAUCCUCUCUAUUCCAAUAUCCAACCAGUUAAACCCCAAAGACACAAGAAAAAGAAGAAGGAAGAAGAAGAAGGAGGACAAGAGGAGAUGGUUGAUUACUCUAUGGUUAACUUUAACAGCGGCGGUGCAGCCCAGAGCUGCAGAUCCAGCUGCAUUGUACAGUACAGUCAACAAACAUGGACGAAGAAACCUCUAGUUUACUCUCAUCCAAUGAAAUCCUUACAGGAAACCACUUUGAGAAUGAAUCCUCGGGACAGACUCCUUCAAGAACGCAGCUUGGUUCAGGGUCAGGGCAGCUGGAGAGUGACUUACUCUUCUCUUCAGAUCUGUGCUUAUAAAGGAUCAACUGUGGAGAUGAACUGCACCUUCACAUACCCAGAGAGGAGAAAUGGAGAAGUUAACUCACUUCAGAAAACAUUCUGGUUGAGAAAAGCUGGUUUUUAUUACAAAGAUGUAGAAACAGACUCAGAGUAUUCAGGUCGUGUGCAGAAUAUCUGUGAGGGGAACAAAUGCACUCUGAGAAUCACAAACCUGAGAGAGACAGACUCGACUGUGUACAGGUUUGGAUUCAUAACAAACAAAGACAAAUAUUCUGGUCGACCUGGGGUCACUCUGUCAGUCACAGAUCUCCAGGUGAAGGUGAGCAGACCACAUGAGGCUCUGCUCUUUGAGUGUCUCAGUGGACUUUCCAGUCAAACCUCCUACAUCUGGUUCAGGAACGGACAUCAAAUCAAACAUCAAACAUCAUAUUAUUAUUAUCGACCAGAGCAGCUUCUUCAGACAGACAGUUAUUCCUGUGCUCUAUCAGGACAUGAGAAGUGCCCGUCUCCUCCAGUGUAUGCUCCAAAGCUUCCCUCUGUGUCACUGAGUCCCUCUGCUGAGAUAGUGGAGGGCAGUUCAGUGACUCUGACCUGUAGCAGUGAUGCUAACCCAGCAGCUAAUUACACCUGGUACAAGAAGAAUGGACCUCUAAACCUUAAUCACUCAAAUGCAGGAGCUGAGCUUGUCCUCAGCUCCAUCAAGUCCUCUGACUCUGGAGAGUAUUACUGUGAAGCUGAGAACACGCUGGGGAGAAGGACAUCCAAACACAUCUCUAUAAAUGUCAAAUGGGGAGGGAAAUCAGCGGCUGUUGCUGGAACAAUCACGGUUGUUCUCCUGGUUAUCGUGUUCCUCUCUGUCCUCGUGUGGAUCAGACAAAAGAGGGCUUCCAGUGAACCGUCUGAGGCUGAAGAGAGACAAGAACACACGGAGCAGGGACAACCAGAGGAGCAGGAAGACCUUCAGUAUGCCAGCAUACACUUCUCUAAAACCCAGGAGCCUCUGUACAGCAAUACCAGACCAGCUCGGCCCCCCAGAAGAACGGAGCAGCAGGACGUCACUGAGUACGCUGCCGUCAAAUUUACCAGGAACAGCAGCGCCAUGAGCAUUUCACUGAUCUUCUUCUUCGUAGCGUCAACGCUGUUUUGUGCUGUUGUUACAACAUUAAGACUUUCUGAACUGAAAUCACACGAACACACUGAAGUCGGAAGAACGACUUCCCAACUCAUAAACUUGGAUCACCGAGCAGCACCUGAAUGCAGCAACAGAGAGACGAGAGGAGCAGCUAUGAGUUUAACAGCAGCAGCGAGUGGAUUUGUCGUCUUCCUUCUCUCUGUGCCAGUGAUUCAGGGUCAGGCUGGCUGGGGAGUGACUUACUCCUCUACUAAAGUCUGUGCCUUAAGAGGAUCAACAGUCGUACUAAGAUGCACCUACAGCUACCCAUCCCAAUUAAAUCAUCAAUCCACUACAGUUCAGAAGUCCUUCUGGUUUACUAAAGUCCAGGAUGGAGAACCUGUAGAUCUGCAAACAGACUCACAGUACACAGGUCGUGUGACGUACAGCUCUAAAUCGAAGGACUCCACUCUGACGAUCACAAAUGUGGGAAAUAGUGACUCAGCUGUUUACAAGUUCAGGUUCAUAACAAACCAUCAAGGUGGAAGUUAUACUGGUAAUCCCGGAGUCACUUUGUCCAUCACAGAUCCAGAUCUUCAUGUGAAGGUGGGCCCAUCUACAUAUUAUUCUAGGGAAGAUCUGACGUGUGUCAGCAGUUGUACUCUCUCUCCUCAUUCCUCCUACAUUUGGUUCAAGAAUGGAGGGGAAAUUCCCACAGAAACAUCCUCGACUUACUCAGACUCCUUUGGAUAUGCAGACAGCUAUUCCUGUGCUUUAAGGGGACACCAGGAUUUCCCCUCUCCUCCAGUGUGUGUUCAUGGUGAAACCUGUAACAGAGUGACUUACGACGUCAGAACCAUCUGUGCACCCAAAGGCUCAUCAGUGGACAUUUAUUGUACUUACAACGGUCAUGAAGCGGUCACUUCAAAGUCCUGGUUCAGUCCUGGACGUAGUGAUCAUUGGUAUCAGUCAAAUCGUGUUCAGGUCUCUGAAAGAGAGACAGGACGCUCCACUCUGAGAAUCUCUGACCUGAGAGAGAGCGAUUCAGCCCAGCAUCGUUUCAAAUUUACAACAAGAAGCUUUGAAUGGAGGAGCAGUUUACCUGGAACAACUCUGACUGUCACAGCGUUACAGGUUCAGGUUAAAAGGAUAAGAGCCGGUCAGCAUUUAAUUGAGGUGGAGAUGACGUGUCACAGCAGCUGCAGUGAAGUCGGUCGUCUCUCAUACGUCUGGUUCAGGAACAAACAGAAAAUAACCUGGGCUGUGACUUCUACCUAUAAAGACUGGAUUUCUCUUGAGGAUGAAAUCUCCUGUGCCUUAAACGGACAUGAUCGAUUCCCCUCUCCUUCAGUGUAUGCUCCAAAGCUUCUCUCUGUGUCAGUGAGUCCCUCUGCUGAGAUAGUGGAGGGCAGUUCAGUGACUCUGACCUGUAGCAGUGAUGCUAACCCAGCAGCUAAUUACACCUGGUUCAAGGAGAACCUGCUAAAAGGACAAGGGCAAAGUUAUUAUUUCCCGUCCAUCAGGUCUGAAGACAGAGGGAUUUACUACUGCCAGGCUGAGAAUAAACAUGGACAGAUCAAAUCUCUGCAACAUUUGUUAGAUGUCCAGUGUAAGUCACUCUCAUUUUUACUUAUCGUGGUACAAAAGUUCUUUCAAAUCAUGAAUUUCAAUACUAAUGGGAGUUCAAUCUGUAAUUGUUGUCCUCCAGAUGCUCCAAAGCUUCUCUCUGUGUCAGUGAGUCCCUCUGCUGAGAUAGUGGAGGGCAGUUCAGUGACUCUGACCUGUAGCAGUGAUGCUAACCCAGCAGCUAAUUACACCUGGUACAAGAAGAAUGGGAACCCAGACUUUCAACCUCUCAGUAAAGGACCAGAGCUCGUCUUCAGCUCCGUCCAGUCGUCUGACUCUGGAGAGUUUUACUGUGCGGCUGAGAACGAGCUGGGGAGGAGAACAUCUGAACACUUUAUCUCUGAUGUGAAAUAUGCUCCAAAGCUUCUCUCUGUGUCACUGAGUCCCUCUGCUGAGAUAGUGGAGGGCAGUUCAGUGACUCUGACCUGUAGCAGUGAUGCUAACCCAGCAGCUAAUUACACCUGGUACAAGAAGAACAAUGAUCGAGCUCUCAGUAAAGAAGCUCAGCUCGUCUUCAGCUCCAUCAAGUCCUCUGACUCUGGAGAGUUUUACUGUAAAGCUGAGAACGAUCUGGGAGAGAAGACCUCUACAUGGAUCUCUAUUGAUGUGAAAUAUUCUCCAAAGCUUCCCUCUGUGUCAGUGAGUCCCUCUGCUGAGAUAGUGGAGGGCAGUUCAGUGACUCUGACCUGUAGUAGUGAUGCUAACCCAGCAGCUAAUUACACCUGGUUCAAGAAGAACCUGCUAAAAGGACAUGGGCAAAGUUAUUAUUUCCUGUCCAUCAGGUCUGAAGACAGAGGGAUUUACUACUGCCAGGCUGAGAAUAAACAUGGACAGAUCACAUCUCUGCAACAUUUGUUAGAUGUCCAGUAUGCUCCAAAGCUUCUCUCUGUGUCAGUGAGUCCCUCUGCUGAGAUAGUGGAGGGCAGUUCAGUGACUCUGACCUGUAGCAGUGAUGCUAACCCAGCAGCUAAUUACACCUGGUUCAAGGAGGAUGAAGACUCACCGACAGCUUCAGGACAGAUUUUUACCAUAAACGACACAAGUCGUCAACAUAGUGGGCAUUAUAUUUGUAUCGCCCAAAACACAAGAGGACGCCAUAACUCCACUGUACAUCUGAGUGUUUUGGCAGCAGGAGGAUGGAAACUGACGACUGCUGUGACAGUUUCUGCUAUUUUCCUCAUUAUCAUACUCAUCUUUGUCGUCAUAUGGAUCAUAAAGAAGAAGGCCUGCAAGCAACCGUCUGAGCCCGGAGACAGACCAGAGAACAGUGAACAGAUACAACCAGCAGAGGAGCAGGAUGAGCUUCAAUAUGCCACUGUCGACUUUUCCAGGAACCAGGCUGAUCCUCUCUAUUCCAAUAUCCAACCAGUUAAACCCCAAAGACACAAGAAAAAGAAGAAGGAAGAAGAAGAAGGAGGACAAGAGGAGAUGGUUGAUUACUCUAUGGUUAACUUUAACAGCGGCGGUGCAGCCCAGAGCUGCAGAUCCAGCUGCAUUGUACAGUACAGUCAACAAACAUGGACGAAGAAACCUCUAGUUUACUCUCAUCCAAUGAAAUCCUUACAGGAAACCACUUUGAGAAUGAAUCCUCGGGACAGACUCCUUCAAGAACGCAGCUAUGCUCCAAAGCUUCUCUCUGUGUCAGUGAUUCCUGCUGGUGAAAUCAAGAAGAACAGUAAAGUGACUCUGACCUGUAGCAGUGAUGCUAACCCAGCAGCUACUUUUAAAUGGUACAAGAGAAAUCAGACCCCUCAAUACCUUCAUGAAGGAGCUCAGCUGGUCUUCAACUACAUUCGACCCUCGGCCUCUGGAGAGUAUUACUGUGAAGCUGAGAACAAGCUGGGGAGGAAGAGGUCUGGAUACGUCUCUAUCAAUGUGAAAUAUGCUCCAACAGAUUGUUCAGCGACUGUGAGUCCUGCUGGUGAAAUCAGAGAGAACAGUAGAGUGACUGUGACCUGUAGCUGUGAUGCUAACCCAGCACCUGAAUACACCUGGUACAAGAAGAAUAACAAUCAACCUCUCAGUAGAGAAGCUCAGCUCGUCUUCAGCUCCAUCAAGUCCUCUGACUCUGGAGAGUUUUACUGUAAAGCUGAGAACGAUCUGGGAGAGAAGACCUCUACAUGGAUCUCUAUUGAUGUGAAAUAUUCUCCAAAGCUUCUCUCUGUGUCAGUGAGUCCCUCUGCUGAGAUAGUGGAGGGUAGUUCAGUGACUCUGACCUGUAGUAGUGAUGCUAACCCAGCAGAUAAUUACACCUGGUACAAGGAGGGUGAAGACUCACCGACAGCUUCAGGACAGAUUUUUACCAUCAGCGACACAAGUCUUGAACACAGUGGGCAUUAUCUUUGUAUCGCCCAAAACACAAGAGGACGCCAUAACUCCACUGUACAUCUGAGUGUUUUGUCAGGGAACUCAACAUUCAUAAUACAUAUCAUCAAGUGGACUCUGCUGCUCUUCAUGUUGAUUUCUCUGCUUCUCCUGACUCUGUGGACGAGUUGGAUGUUGUGUAUGAGAACGUGUCAGCCUUCACUGCAGCACAGACAGAAGACACAGAGGAGCAGGAACACAUGCUGUGAAGUCCAGUCAGAUGCAGUUGAACCAGAUGCAGGACUCACUGUGGAGAGUGAGGCUGUGGAGGAUGUGGGGGAAGUGGAAACAUUGACCUUCAGCAGCAGGAAGUUAACAACAGCAUGGAGCAGAGAGUUUAGGAGAUGAUUUUAUUUUAUUUAGCAGCUUAUACAUAUGUAUUUAUUCAUCAUUUCUUUAACUAAAUAAGCAUCUUUAUUCCUGAAAAUGUUCUUUUGUUCUGAAAGGAGCUCUCCAGUCACCUUUCAGUCUGCUCUGUGACAUUUUCUCUCUUAAAGUUUAUUUUUUGUAAAUAUUGGUUUUACUUCUGUGAAUAAUAUUGGACUAUGAUGACGUUUGAUUAUGAGUCACUCAUCGUUUUAACUUUUAUGCACCUCUUUGUUACUGUCUGAACGUUGCACCGUCAGAGUUUGAGCAUUUCUCUGUUUGGUUGUAUAUGUUAUAAUGACAAUAAAGGCUUUCUAUUUCUUAA